AGAGGAUGUGAGUUGGCAGUGCAGGACAGCAUGCUGCAGCAGCACCUAACAGUGGGACUCCUGCUCCUUUUUGUUCUCUUUCUAAAAGGUUUUACGCUUUCCGUGAUAGGCCCUUCAGCGAUGGAGGCUUUCCUUGGCAAGUCGCUGUCUGUGAAGUGUCAAUACGAUAAAUAUUAUCAUAACCACGGGAAGUACUGGUGCAAAGGCUCUUCGUGGAGCAGCUGUACCACAGUUGUUCAGACUGACAAGACGGAGGAAGAAAAGAGGGUUGACAGGACUGUUAUCAGGGACAAUCAGACACAAUUUGAAUUCACUGUGCGAAUGGAGAACCUCACAGAGCAAGAUACUGGUAUUUAUUGGUGUGCCAUAGACGUAACCGCUGCAGCUGAUCCCAGUUCCAAACCAAUUGUUAUAGAAAUCAGAGAGCUGCCAUCUACUACAACAGCUGUAACUACUGGAUACUCUUCUACUGUCUCAAUCCCCCCUACUGAAAAUACAAUGACAAAUUCAAAAAGCAACCUCUUUCAUCCCCUAAUCCUGCUACCAGUGGUUUUUGUGGCACUGCUGCUAAUGUUAGGAGUUUCACUGUUGAUGUGGAGGCUAAAGAAGAAAAAAGCUGUCAAAAGUUAUGGGGAUCUCCUUCCAUCCAAGGCUCCUUCGUCUGAUGAAGCCAGAGAUGGCACAGAAGUGGCAUAUACAUCUGUGAUACCAACUCCAGCUCUUGCUUCUCAGAUUCCUGCAAAGACAGAAAUUGUUGAUUAUGCUUCCUUAAGAUUUUCUGCCUUAAAUGACCAAGCUACCUAUGCUAAUGUGUAAAAAGAAGAUGCACCUGAGAACAUCUUAUUACUAUGAGCUGAAGAAGAAGGAGUUAGAACCUUCUCCACCAGAGGCCUUCCUCCUGUUCCAGCUCCUCAAAGAGAAGACUACA